AUGGCAGAUAUAGAUAAACUUAUUGACAGCAUCAUUCAACAGCUGUUGGAAGUGAGAGGGUCCAAGCCUGGGAAGAAUGUCCAAUUCCAGGAGAACAAAAUCAGAGUCUGGUGCUUAAAGUCGCGGGAGAUCUUUCUCAGGCAGCCUAUCCUGCUAGAACUUGAAGCACCACUCAAAAUAUGCGGCGACAUCCAUGGGCAAUACUAUGAUUUGCUUCGACUCUUUGAGUAUGGUGGUUUCCCAUCAGAAAGCAACUACCGAUUUCUUGGGGGACUACGUAGACCGGGGAAAGCAGUCUGCCUCUUACUGGCCUACAAAAUAAAAUACUCGGGGAACUUUUUUCUUCUCAGAGGAAACCAUGAAUGUACCAGCAUCAAUAGAAUUUAUGGAUUUUAUGAUGAAUGUAACAGAAGAUACAAUAUUAAAUUAUGGAAAACGUUUACAGACUGCUUUAACUGUUUGCUGAUAGCCGCCAUCGUGGAUGAGAAAAUAUUCUGCUGUCAUGGAGGUUUAUCACCAGAUCUUCAAUCUAUGGAGCAGAUUGGGCGAAUUAUGCGACCAACUGAUGUACACAAUCAAGGUCCCCUUUGCAAUCUUUUGUGGUCUGACCCCAAUAAAGAUGUCUUAGGCUGGGGUGAAAAUGACAGAGGAGUGUCCUUCACAUUUGGUGUGGAAGCGGUUGCAAAAUUUCUUCAUAAGCAUGAUUUGGAUCUUAUUUGUAGAGCCCAUCAGGUGGCUGAAGAUGGAUAUUAAUUUUUUUGCCAAGAGGCAGUUGGUCACUCUGUUUCUGCCCCCAAUUAUUGUGGAGAGUUUGACAAUGCUGGUGCCAUGAUGAGUAUGGAUGAGAUACUGAUGUCCUCUUUUCAGAUUUUAAAGCCAGCAAAGAAAAAGAAGCCGAAUGCCACUAGACCUAUAACACCACCAAGGGUUGCAUUAGGCCUGAACCCAUCCAUUCAGAAAGCUUCCAAUUAUAGAAAUAAUACUGUUCUUUACGAGUGA